AUGGAAGGGCGACGUAAGGCUAAGAAACCGAUGUUUCCAAAAUUACUCUCCGCCAAUCGGGGUCCCCUCUGUACACUAGACGAGACUGUCAGUGUCGUAUGGGAUAACCAAUGUCAAGAGCAAUUGAGAGAACAGAAAACUGAAGAACUGGAGAUCAAAGGGCUUGUACCAGCUUAUUUUGAGCCGAAUCUAAAGGAUGAAGAUCCCAAAAUUGGAGUAAGUGUUGCAUUAGGAGGUUGCGGAUACGAUCCUCUAACAGCUACCACCCUGUCAGCCCUAUCACUAUCGGAUCAAUUAACUCUCUUCCAAGAAUACAUUGAGAAGCUAAAGGGAUUAGUUGGGGAAGAAGAAGCCAUAUGUAUUUUAAACAAUAGCUUUUACAUGGUGGUUGCUGAUAGUAAUGACUUUCUCAAUAACUACUAUGUCACCGGAUUUCGCCAGAACCAAUACGAUAUUAACUCGUAUACAGAUCGUAUAGUGGCAUGGGCUUCCAAUUUCGUACAAGAAUUGUACAGGUUGCUGGGUGCAAGAAGAAUUGGGCUUAUGAGGAUUCCUCUGUUAGGGUGUUUGCCCAUGGAUAGAAAACUACUAGGUGGAAUUGAUAGAGUUCGUGUCAUGGAACACAAUCAAGCGGCACAAUUGGCCAACACCAAAUUCGCAGUCGAAAUUGAUUUACCAUCGAAAACAUUGUCUCAGUCCAAGCUGGUUUUCAUCGAUGUCUAUAAUCCUGUAAUUGAUUUCGUUGUCACCCAUAAAAAACAUGGAUUUGAAGAAGCAAAGAAAGGGUGUUGUGGUUCAGGAAACCUAGAGGUGGGCAUACUAUGCACUAAAUACAGUGCAAUAUGUGAAGAUGACACGAAAUAUUUGUUCUGGGACAAUUUCCAUCCCACCGACAAAGGUUAUAGGAUUCUCAUUGAUCAGAUCAUCAAAAAUCAUAUGAACAAUUUCUUUUAG